CCCAAUCGGCCAACCACUCACUCAUUACUCAUUCACUCCUUCAGUCUCUCCAUACCAUCACUUUGAAUUAUUCUCCCCGGGGUGUUCUGAGAUCACAUACAACAAUGGUGAAAGCUGUCGCCGUACUUAGCAGCAGUGAGGGUGUCAAGGGAACCGUCCAUUUUGCCCAGGAAGGAGAUGCGCCAACUACUGUAACUGGAACUGUUUCUGGCCUUAAGCCUGGGCUUCAUGGAUUCCAUGUUCAUGCUCUUGGGGACACCACAAAUGGUUGCAUGUCAACUGGACCUCAUUUUAAUCCUGCUGGCAAAGAGCAUGGUGCCCCAGAGGAUGAGAAUCGUCAUGCUGGUGAUCUAGGAAAUGUCAAUGUUGGUGAUGAUGGCACAGUUAGUUUCACAAUUGUUGACAAGCAGAUUCCUCUUACUGGACCAAAUUCAAUUGUUGGAAGGGCCGUUGUUGUCCAUGCAGAUCCUGAUGAUCUUGGCAAGGGUGGGCAUGAGCUGAGCAAAUCCACUGGAAAUGCUGGUGGCAGAGUAGCUUGCGGUGUAAUCGGUCUCCAAGCAUGAAGUGCCUGUCCGUGGACUAUAAUAAAUAUAUGAUAUGAUGUUGAAUAUAAGUUUAGUCUAUGGGCUUAAGAGUGAUCAAUGAAUUUACGAGAAAAUCACCUGAAUAAAAAAGGUUGAAACUUUGUUGUGUAUUUUUGGUUGGAUGGUUGUGUUAGCUUAAAUUGUGUGCUUUAUUUGCCAUCUCUAAUGAAUGCCUCUCAUGUUCUUACUUAAA